CUCUUCUUCAUCCACCCACGCAUCAAUCAAUCUAACUCUCAAUUUCCCCCCUUCCUUAACAGCCUGAACUGCUUAUCCACUCACAAUGAGCGUCAAUACUGUCUCCUUGAAACCCUUUACCGACCAGAAACCCGGAACGUAAGUUACCAAACAAACUUUCGGCUGUCCACGCUGCAUCUCCGUCUUUCCUGCCCUCCCAUGACCUGUCGUUUUAUUCCCAUGCAACUCGCUAUGGCUUUAGAGAUUGCUUCCCGCGCGUUCUCAUACCAUCACAUAUCCAUUAUCCCCUUCUUGGAGUCGAUUCCACCCCCAAUGCGUUCUCCGGACGAUCAUGGCUGACUUGUGGUUCCGCACCAGCUCUGGUCUGCGUAAGAAGGUCAAGGUCUUCCAGCAACAAAACUACAGCGAGGCCUUUGUCGCCAGCAUCCUCCUCUCCAUCCCGGAGGGCGUCGAGGGCUCCACUCUUGUCAUCGGUGGUGACGGUCGGUACUGGAACCCAGAGGUCACCCAGUUGAUCGCAAAGAUCGGUGCCGCAUAUGGCGUCAAGAAGCUUUUGAUCGGCCAGGACGGCAUUCUCAGCACACCCGCAGCUAGCAACAUCAUCAGGAUACGCCAGGCUACUGGAGGUAUCCUUCUGACUGCCAGUCACAACCCAGGAGGUCCCGACGAGGAUUUCGGUAUCAAGUACAACUUGGCCAACGGUGCCCCAGCUCCCGAGAGCGUUACCAACAAGAUCUACGAGACCUCCAAGACCCUCACCUCCUACAAGAUCGCUGACAUCCCUGAUGUCGACCUCUCUACAAUCGGCACCCAGAAGUAUGGCAAUCUUGAAGUCGAGAUUGUCCACUCUACCAAGGACUACCUUGAGAUGCUGAAGAACAUCUUCGACUUCGAUUUGAUCAAGUCCUUCAUCAAGCAGCACCCCGACUUCAAGGUGCUCUUCGAUGGCCUGAGCGGUGUUACUGGACAGUACGGAAUCGACAUCUUCGAGAAGGAGCUCGGAAUUCCCAACAGCACCCAAAACUGCGUUCCUAAGCCAGACUUCGGUGGUCACCACCCUGACCCCAACCUUGUCUAUGCUAAGUCUCUCGUCGAUGCCGUCGACAAGAAUGGUGUCCACUUCGGUGCCGCCAGCGACGGUGACGGUGAUCGUAACAUGAUCUACGGAGCAAACUCGUUUGUUUCCCCAGGCGACAGUCUGGCCAUCAUUGCUCAUCACUCCGAUUUGAUCCCCUGGUUCAAGAAGCAGGGUAUCUACGGUCUUGCUCGUAGUAUGCCAACCUCUGGAGCCAUCGACCUUGUCGCCAAGAAGAAGGGCGUCCAGUCUUACGAGGUGCCUACGGGCUGGAAGUUCUUCUGUGGUCUUUUCGAUGCCGAUAAGAUGAACAUCUGCGGCGAGGAGAGCUUCGGUACUGGUAGCAACCACAUCCGUGAGAAGGACGGUCUCUGGGCCAUUGUUGCAUGGCUCAACAUUCUCGCUGGUGUUGGACAGCAAACCGGAAGCACACCCAGCAUCGCUUCCGUGCAAAAGGACUUCUGGAAGACCUACGGCCGCACUUUCUUCACCCGAUACGAUUACGAGGGUGUCGAGACCGAGGGUGCCAACAAGGUCGUCGCAAACAUCAAGGAGCUCAUCACCACAAAGAAGGACGAGUUCUUGGGCUCCAGCCUCUCUGGACGCAAGGUCGUCGAGGCCGAUGACUUCUCAUACACUGAUCUCGAUGGCAGUGUAUCCAAGAACCAGGGUAUCUUCGUCAAGUUCGACGAUGGCAGCCGCAUCGUCGUUCGUCUUUCCGGAACUGGCAGCAGCGGUGCUACCAUCCGUCUCUACAUUGAGAAGUACGAGUCUGAUGAGUCUAAGUUCGACUUGGACGCACAAGACUACCUCAAGGACAAUGUGCAGCUCGCAACUAGCCUGUUGAAGUUCCAGGAAUACAUCGGCCGCACCGAGCCCGAUGUUAAGACGUAGAAAGCUUCAUUGAGCGUACAGUGUUGGGUUUUUAGGCGAAGAGUUUUCUUUAACAUUUUGACGAGACACGAUUGCAUGGAACAGUGGAGCGUGAAUUAGUAGUUGAGAGAUUAAAAAAAGUACCAUAUGGCUGGAUUGAUCUACUCAGUAGUGCCAGUUCUUAAUAAUGAUAACCAAAAUUCUUUGAGUUCCAC